UGGGGGCACUCAGUGGGCAUCUUGAAGAUGCCCUAUAAUAAACAGCCCUGAUAAGUGACAUCUCUAUGACAGUCUGCAGUGGCUGAUAACAGAGAACAAUGCCAUACGGUGGCUAUGAGGGCAGAUUUUAGCCGCAGUAAGCUGUAGAGUAUUCCUGGCAGGUAGUGGAGUCCAUAAUGCGUUCCCUGUGCCUGUGCCAAGCAGUCAGUCAUCCCUGGCAUCACAAGGUACACGGAGCAGGAUGUAGAGCGGCUCCAGGAGCCAGGAUGCCCGGCUUAUAAGAACACCCCACGUGGCUGGAGCCGGGGCCGGAUGUGCCCUCUCCUCCCCGGGCCGCCUCCAAUCACAGGCCGCUCGGCGAGCACGACUGACGCCAGAUCCUUUGUGUCUAGCCGGUGUGCAGGCUUGAAGGGGAUUGUGACACCGGCUGCCCGGACGCCAGGAGCGGCCCCUUUAAAUCAGCGCCCAGUGUGGAGUGGGAGGCGGUACACCAUGCCCUUUGACUUCAGGAGGUUUGACAUCUACCGGAAGGUGCCCAAAGAUCUAACACAGCCCACCUACACUGGCGCUAUAAUUUCCAUUUGCUGCUGUUUCUUCAUCACCUUUCUGUUCUUGUCAGAAUUGACUGGAUUUAUUGCCAAUGAAAUUGUCAAUGAGCUAUACGUAGAUGACCCUGAUAAAGAGAGUGGGGGUAAAAUAGACGUGAACCUGAACGUCAGCUUACCCAACCUUAACUGUGAAUUGGUGGGGCUGGAUAUUCAGGAUGAAAUGGGCAGACAUGAAGUUGGGCACAUUGAUAACUCAAUGAAAAUUCCACUAAACAAUGGAAAUGGAUGCCGAUUUGAAGGACGCUUCACUAUAAAUAAGGUACCUGGAAAUUUCCAUGUGUCCACACACAGUGCCACAGCUCAGCCCCAGAACCCAGACAUGAGCCACUUCAUCCACAAGCUAACCUUUGGUGAUACUUUACAGGUUACAAACAUUCAUGGUGCAUUCAAUGCCUUGGGAGGAGCAGAUAGACUUGCUUCCAAUGCCUUGGCUUCUCAUGACUACAUAUUAAAAAUCGUACCAACCGUAUAUGAAGAGUUGAGCGGGAAACAGAAGUUUUCAUACCAGUACACUGUGGCUAAUAAGGAAUAUGUAGCAUACAGCCAUACUGGAAGAAUCAUUCCUGCCAUCUGGUUCCGGUAUGACCUGAGUCCCAUCACAGUAAAAUAUACAGAAAGGCGGCAGCCUAUGUAUCGAUUCAUAACCACGGUAUGUGCCAUCAUUGGGGGAACAUUUACAGUAGCUGGGAUUCUGGAUUCCUGUAUUUUUACUGCAUCCGAGGCAUGGAAGAAAAUUCAACUGGGAAAACUGCACUAGAAACACUUUGCCAUCUCCUGCCACCAGCCAGGGCACAUGGAAGACUUUGAAGGAACAUUAUUUCUUAAGGAAAUUCCCAUUUUGUAGUAUGAUUGAAGUACAAGCCAUGACUCUUUAUCUUAUUUCUGGGUAAAUCUUUCUACAGGGACAUUUUAGAAAUUUCUAGCAAUACCCAAACAUGGCUUAUGGAGCCCCUAUAUUUAAAAUGUAACUAUCUAUGGAGGCAGCCAUAUUGUGGGCUGACAAGUAAUAACAUACAGUGGUCCCUUAAUUUACAAUGGCCUCAGAUUACAAUAUCUUAAACUUAGAAUGGUCUUUUCUGGACCAUUGUAAAUUGUAUUCAAUGCUACAAACAGUCCAAACAUGAGUGAGCAUUUUGCUGCUUAAACCCCUGUAUUACUGAAGUGCAUGCACUGACUGGCUGUCUGGUGGCACUUCUCUACAGUACAGGGAGGUAUUACAUGUUCUGUACUAUUCUUUACCUGUACCAGAGUUAGCUGCUCCUUUGGACACCAGGUAAGGGCAGCACCAUUAUACUUUUUUGGGACACUGUGUGUACUGUACAGGACCCUGAAGAAUCCCCUGUCCUCUACAUAGACAGUGAUUUACAGCUUCCAGCAGCUUUUUCUUACUUUUAUAUGUAAGGACUUGCUUCAUCUGUAUUCGUUACCUACUUAACUUUUUUCCUAUUGUUUACAUUUUUGGAGACUUCAUAACUCUACGGAAAUCUGGUAAUCGGUUCUGGUCUCCACAUAAAAUGGUUUCAACAUACAAUGAUCAUCCUGGAACCAAUAAUAUUGUAUCUUGAGUGACCACUGUAUUGGUAGUAACAGCAGGAGGUAUAAAACUUGUCUCUUCUAAUCCUUUAGUAGUUACUUCUUAGUAGGAUUUGAUUCUAUAAAAUGGUUGCCUCCCAUAAAGACAAUAGACUAUUUGGCGAAAUAUUACGUAUCCUGUUUUUAUUGUGACACAUUCCAGAUUACAUAGUUGAUCAUUUGCUGUCUGGACCCCGAAGCACUUUACAAUGAAGUCACCAUGCAGUUCUGUACAGAAAGUAUUUUGUGCCAAGAUAGCUCCCAUAUCCUUGCCAGGCAGAGAUUUUGACCAUGUUACAUUUUUAAAUUGAAAAUUUUAUUCUUCAAAAUGUAUCCUUGAAUGCAGAUUUUUGUAUUUAUUUUCAAGGUCAAGCUUACAGGUUAUGUCUGUGUCAUUUGUUAUUCACCUUUACUCAUGCAUGUAUUGCAAUGACUGUAAACCCAAUAGCUGCUGCUAGGGAAAACAAAUGCCAAUGGGUUGGCCAACUGUUGCUGCCAAAGGUUUCUGGCAGCAGCUUGUUCCCAUUUUCCCAUAAAAUAAACCGGCCUACUCAGCUUAGUAUGUGUAUGCGGAGGUCAAGAUGGAUAGCUAUUGGCCGAACUGUCAUUUGGCAGACCACUAUCUUCUCCGACUGCCCCAUAAACAUGCUAGCUUAGCUUGGCCUGUCUUAUGUGAAUGACCAUUUGUAAGGGUUAAAUAGGAAAGGAUAUUCAUGAAGUCUGUUGAAAAUGAGUAAAUAUUAAAGCUUUCUGUGUCUUUGUGAUGAGAUAUAAAGGGGUACUCCGCAGCUCAGCGUUUGGAGCAAACAGUUCCGAACGCUGGCGCCGGGAGCUCGUGACUUCAUAUUCCCGCCCCCUCACGACGUCGCAUCCCGCCCCCUCAAUG